GAAUGUUUUCAAACUAGGGCAGUAGAUUGUAUUAAACGGACGGAUUUACUCUGUAUAACAAGUCUAUGUAAAUAUACGAACUGGAUAACGUUUACUAUCCGGAAAGAAAAUAUUUUGCACACGGCGUGUAUGUACUGCGGACUUUACGUCUAAACUUAGAUACUUCCGUUAUUAACAUAGAUGAUCGCUUAGGCGUUCAGGUUGAGUCCCACUUAAAUUUGACGUAUUACCUAGUUAGUUCACGAGUCAAAAGGAUUAGUAUAUAAUUUGGAUUAGGAGAUAAUAAAGUGGAUCCGCUAAAAUGAACAAGAUUUGUGCGAAGUGCCAAAAAACUGUCUAUCCGACAGAAGAAUUAAAAUGCUUAGAUCGGUCAUGGCAUAAGUUAUGUUUUAAAUGUGAUACAUGUGGUACUACGUUAAAUAUGAAAAAUUACAAAGGAUACAAUAAAAGACCAUAUUGUAACACACAUUACCCAACAACAAAAUUUACACCCGUUGCAGAAACACCAGAAAUGAAAAGAAUCGCUGAAAAUACGAAAAUUCAGAGUAACGUACAGUAUCAUGAAAGUUUUGAAAAAUCUAAAGGAACAUAUCAAUUUGUGGCAGAUAAUCCGGAAUUACUUCGACAUCGACAGAAUCAGCUCAACUCUAGUUUGAUUGAAUAUCACAGUGAUUUUGAAAAAUCUAAAACAAAAUACACAGUGACACCAGAUGAUCCAGAAAUAGCUCGUCAUUUACAAAAUCAAAAAAUGGCCAGUGCGAUUACCUAUCACAGUGACUUUGAACAGAAGAAGGGAUCGUACACGCAGGUUGCGGAUUCGUUAACCAUGCAACAACAAAUGAAGAGUGCCAAGCUUGCUAGUGUGAAUGAGUAUCACAGUGAUUUUGAGAAGACUAAAGGCCAUUAUACAAGUGUUCCUGAUCCCAUUCAGCUCCAACAGGCCAUGAAAAGCACAAAAAAUCUUAGUUCGCAUGAUUACAAAGAAGACUUUGAAAAGAAUAUUAAGGGUAGUUACACGCAAGUCGAGGAUCCUUUAAUUCUUAAACAGGCGAUGAAAUCGACCAAAAACUUGAGUCAGCACGAUUACAAAGAAGACUUUGAAAAGAACAAAGGAAAUUAUACACAGGUGGAAGAUUCGUUAAGUUUAAAACAGGCCAUGAAAUCGACCAAAAAUUUAAGCCAGCAUGAGUACAAGGAGAAUUUUGAGAAAAACAAAGGCAACUACACUCAAAUACAGGACCCACUUGUUCUAAAACAAGCCAUGAAAAAUAGCAAGAUACGAAGUGAGCAUUCUUAUAAAGAGGAAUUUGAGAAAAGUAAAGGAUCGUACACAACGGUCGAAGAUUCCCUCGACUUACAACAAGCCAAGAAAAGUACUAAAGUCCAAAGUGAGCAUUCGUAUAAGGAAGAUUUUGAAAAAUCCAAGGGUGCAUACACAUCAGUUGAGGAUUCGGUUGCCAUGCAACAAGCCAAGAAAAUCAGUAAAGUUCAAAGUCAGCAUUCAUAUACAGAAGAAUUUGAAAAAUCCAAGGGUUCGUACACACUGGUCGAAGAUUCAGUUGCCAUGCAACAAGCCAAGAAAGUUUCUAAAAUUCAGAGUGAGCUUUCAUAUAAAGAAGAUUUUGAAAAAUCUAAAGGAGCAUACACCACUGUUGAAGAUGACGUAGCGUUAAAAAAUGCCAUGAAAAAUACUAAAUUACAGAGCGAGCAUAAUUAUAAAGAAGAUUUUGAAAGAAGUAAAGGGGCGUAUACAUUUGUCGAGGAUGCGGUGGCGCUACAACAAGCCAAGAAAAACACGCAAGUUCAAAGUGAGGUAAAAUAUAAGGAUGAUUUCGAGAAGAAUAUAAAGGGGAAAUGUAUGCAGGUUCCUGACGCUUUAAGUAUGCAGACGGCAUUGAAGACGACAAAAACAUUGAGUGAGAAUGCCUAUCAUUAUAGUGAGUUCGAAAAACCAGGAGUUGCGAAACACACGCCAGUGGCAGACUCUUUAGAAAUGAAGUUACAUCAGAGGAAUAAAAAGAAUGUCAGCAUGGUAGAUUAUCAUAAAGAAAUAGAACAAGCCAAAUACAAAUCAAAACCUGGAAUGGAUGAUGAUGGGGUUAGCUACCAUGCCGAUUUUGAGAAACUGAAGGGCAAGAAGACAUCUGUGGUCAAUGAUCCAGAAACAGACAGGAUUCGUCAAAAUACGGCCAUUCAGAGUAACAUCCAGUACCAAAAUAUCGCGGCUAAAAAAACCGAUAUGGAAGCCAGACGGCCAGAACAGGUCAUGGACGGUAGACGAGGUAGAAUUAAUCCUGGUAAGAUUAGUGAGUACGAUCCCACGAUUGAACCUCAGCCAGUAUCUGCUCCCCCAGAAGCCAAUUUUGAUAUGCGAAAUAACAGUGGUGUUGCUUAUCCUCAAACAGGUUAUCAAACUGCGAAAGUUUUCGACUCACAACAGGGUGGUGAUGUUCAGAAUGGUCAGAGACGUCAGCCAGGAUCUAUCUCGGAUUAUGAUCCAAUGACUGCUUAUCCUCAACAUUAUAAUCCUCCUCAGCCAGCUCCUCCUGUCUUUCAAGGGUAUACUAGUAGCAAUAUAAAUGAUCGUGAAUUAUUCGGUGAUGGUAUGUUACCUCCACCACCACCACCUGCCAUGGAUAGUGGAUAUGGCCAGCAGCAGCCGGGCAGAGGAUCAGUUCACGUACCUUCAUAUCGUGCUAUUUACGACUACACCGCUGCCGAUGAUGAUGAAGUUUCGUUCAGUGAAGGAGACCUGAUCAUUGACUGUGAGGUCAUCGAUGACGGCUGGAUGGUUGGAAGGGUGAAGAGGACGGGCAAACAUGGAAUGCUCCCUUCCAACUAUGUUGAAAAAGCAUGAGAGAAAAAAAAACAUUUUUAUAUUAUUGUUAAUGUUUUUCUUCUUCUUAAUACUUGAAAUAUUUCUCGAUGCUAAUAGAUCGAUAAACUGUAGAUGGUUGAAUUCAGAUAUACUUCAAAAUGGCAGAGAUUAGCGCCACCACCUUUCACAAUAUUAGGCGCGGCAGAGCUUGUAUCACCUUGUCCAAUGAGGAGUUUGCCAUUAGAAUAGUAGCUUUUGUUAAUCAGAUUUUAAAGUUUCCCUCCCACCUCGUGGGUUUUCUCCGGGUCCUCCGGUUUCCUCCCACUGCUAAAGACCCAUAAGCGCAAGCGAAUUAUUGAAAUAAAAUUAAACCAUAUAUUAGUCCCGAAAUGACCUAGUUUGUGUCGAAGGUACGUUAAACCCCAUUCUCUCUCUUUCUCUCUUAAAGUUUCCCUAUAAGACAAUAUCAGGCUUGACAGAGCUCGGAUCUCUUUUUCUAAUAUGAGAAGUUUGCCAUUCUACUGGUAGCUUUGGUUAACCAGAUUUUUAGUUUCUCUAUCAGUUUGAUAUGUUUGGUUAAUCUAGACUAGUGUUAGUUCAAUCAUUGGAUGUGUUUAAAGGCAAUAUGUCUGAAAUUUGUAUUGAGUAUAGACCUGUUCUAUAACCUGUUUAUCUCCCUUGAAUUAAGUUACCUCCCCUAUUUAUCUCCCUUGUAUCCAUGGAGCAAUGAUACUGCCAGUAGUUUCUGUAAACACCAAGUUAGUUUCUGGCAUUAGUCAUGACAAGCAAAAAUCUGGUUUUUAAAAGUUUUCAAUAAAAUUAUUGGAUAGGUGUACAACUGUUGUUAAAUAAAUGAAACAAAUGUCAUAAUUUUUAAAUUUAUUAAGCAUUUUCAGCCCAUUGUUUACGUGAUUGCUUGCUUUGAAGUAUAUUUGAUGUAAAUAAACCCUUUCUUCAUCCAAUUGAUCUUAAUCUGUUAUCCUUUUAAAAUCACCCCUUAAAUACUGAAAAGGAAUAACCUUUUGAAAAGGCUUUGUUUGCAUAAAAGAAUCCAUGUUGAGUAAAAAGAGGGGUGAUGAUUAGGGAGUAUAGCUAUAUGUGUGUUACCUGUUAUCCUUUCUUGUAAAUUAGAUUAGCUUAAACAUUUUUUUUUUUUUUCAAAUGGAAUUUUCAUAAAGAGUUAUAAUUUGAACCUUCUUGAGUGACACUGUAGUAAUCAUGGCAACCUUGGAUUCAAGAAUUAGUUUGUUAUAUAUGUGCUCACGAUACUGGAUACGAUACCCCUCAAUCAGUUUUUUGCCCAAAAUAUAAUUUAUAAAGAUCUUGUAGAGAGGUUAAGGUUGUCCUGAAUAGGAAAGUCAAUGUUGUCCUGAACAGGAAGGUCAAGGUUGUCCUGAUUAGAAAGGUUUAACUGUAUAUAAUAUAUAUAUGUUUAUACAUAGCAUUUUGUUUUAUCAUACAUAUAUAUUAUUAAUAUAGACACUAUUUGUUCCUCUGAUCGUAAACCCUUAAUUAAUAUCAUAAAAUUGCAUAAUAUUCAAUGUUCUGUUGGCCUCUCAGUGUUUUUUUUUAUUUGUAAAUGUGGCUUACUUUCUUUUUUUUCAAGUUAUUGUUAAAUUUAUUUAAAUAAUAAAUGCAAAUUUUAACGCAAUCCAAUCGCUUUUCUAAAGUUUGAUAUGAUUAUUUACAUACCUAAGAUGGUUUUGUUUUUUUUUUUUCUUUAUUAUAUUUUGGUGAUCUAUUUUCUUGAAAUGAUAAUCUUUGCUAAGCACUAUCACCACAAUCAGGCAAAUGGCUCCUUGAAAGGUUUUUUUUUUUGUUUUUUUUUUCACUUGGUAUAGGGUUUUGUUAUUGGCUGAUGGCUCGUUGUAAGGGGUUUUCUGUCAGUGACCGAUGGAUCUUUGUAAGGGGUUUUCUGUCAGUGACCGAUGGAUCUUUGUAAAGGGUUUUCUGUCAGUGACCGAUGGCUCUUUAGGGGUUUUCUGUCAGUGACCGAUGGCUCUUUGUAAGGGGUUUCUGUCAGUGGCCGAUGGCUUUUUGUAAGGGGUUUUCCGUCAGUGGCCGAUGGCUCUUGUAAGGGAUUUUCUGUCACUUGUUAUAAAUUAGCCACCACAUACAUUAGAUUCAGCUCUAGAGCAAUGUUUAUCAACAGAGAUAAAUUAAAGAAACAUUGAUUUGUAAUUAAAAUAAACAAGAAUUUGAAAAAAAUGAUUUUUUUAUUGAAAAAAAAUGAGAUUAGACGAAGAUAUUAAUUGUUAAAUAAUACUGAUUUAUGAUUUACGGCAUCACUAUCAAUAUGUAUAUAAAAUAUAUUAUCUUCAAAUAAAUAUAACAUUUCUUAAAUCUAGUAAAACAUCACAAAGAGUUGAAGCAGCUGAUUAUCCAAUUUUCUACGGCUUACCUCGGUUGUACGUGACAAGGAGUAGGGUCGCCUGUCCAACCUCGUGGGUUUUCUCCGGGUACUCCAGUUUCCUCCCACUGCUAAAGACCCCUACACGCUAGCGAAUUGAAAUAAAAUUGAACCAUAUGUUAGUCCCGAAAUGACCUGUUUUGUGUCAAGUGGAUGUUAAACCCUAUUUCUCUCUCUCUACGGCUUAAUCCACGCAAGAAUAAAAACUAUAAAAUAUCACCGGUAGAUAAAUUCUCUACUUGGAUUUAAUCAGUUUUAAACGAGGCCCAUCAAAAUAUUUACCUAACGGGUGGUGCUAGCCUGUUUUAUUUCUGCGGUAAACUCGUAUUUGAUGUUUUGCUAUUUUCUAUAUGAACCUAUAUAAGCAGAUUAUUAUUUUAUAUCAGAUUAUUUCACCUAUAUCAUGUUAAAUGAACUUUAUUUAGAUAUUAAUUAUAUUGCCAUGGAAACCUCUAGGAACUGUGUAUUGGGGAAUCCAGUUGUAAGAACAGAAAAGUACGGAAAAAUGGAAUUAAGAAUACAUACCCCAUAUGGUAUAGAUGUGUAUAACCACCAAUAGGCUGGGCAUUCCAAGCUAGUGUCAAUAAAACCAUUCUUCCAGUGGUGCUAUAAUCUAGAACAUAAUCUUUAAGUGGCAUUUAGCGAUUGAGCCCAUUAAAAAAAAAACACAGAUCUUAUUUCGUUUCGUUUUUAUAAUUCAAAAUUUCGUUUUACUUGUCUUUACUACACUUGGAUCUGGAAGAGUUGUUAUUUAACUCGUGUUCUGAAUGGUGUCGGGGAUAAGCCAAUGAAACGGUCUGUUAUGGCGAGCUUUAGGCGUGUUUUUCACAGAACUGUGAGUAAUCCACUAGUAACAUCAAUGCUGAUUGGUUAAUUAAAUGUCUGACGUCAUAGGGUCAGAAGUCGGUCUUUUGACCCCUGACGUGACCUAUCGCUAUAACUUGUCAGAUCUUCAUGUAGUGUAGGCCAUCGAAAGUAUAAAAAACGAAACGAAAUAUAGAUCUGUGUUUUAUUCAGAUUGUAUAUUCUAGAACAUAAUUGUUGAGUGGCAUUUAGCGAUUGAGCACAUUUAAAAAAAAAACAACACAGUUUAUAUGGAAAACAAUCACUAGUUUAUAUUCACGAUAAGAGAAUACUUGUCGAAACGUUGUGCUAUAAGUGUAUAAACCAGUGAUUGUUUUCCAUAUAAAUUGUGUUGUGUUUUUUAAUCUGUAACAUAUUUUUUUUGGGCAUUCAGAGAACAUGCUAUCAUUACUAGUUUCACGAGGGAUUUGUGCUAUAAUGUUAAAGAUGCAUUAUGUAAACUUAGAGCUAAACUAAUGCAGGUCUUUAUUCUGGCUUCAAAUGUUAUAUCAACUACUAUUUGGACAUUUAUCUAUAACAUAUUUUUUUUUUGGCACUCAGAGAACAUGCUAUCAUUACUAGUUUCACAAAGGAUUUGUGCUAUCAUUUUAAAGAUGCAUUAUGUAAACUUAGAGCUAAACUAAUUAUGCAGGUCUUUAUUCUGGCUUCAAAUGUUAUAUCAACUACUAUUUUGACUUUUAUUCACAUGACAAGCCUAUCAUCAAACACUCUAGAACAUCGAAUGCCUGAGAUUCAAAUGGAUGAACACAAGCGUGAGAUAUAAAAAUUUAACGAUAAAAAGGAUAAUCUAGACUACAAAUCGCUUGUCAAGUAGCGUUACUACGAUAAUGAACAAUCUAUGCUAAAUCUUGUCAAAACUUCAAACACUUAUAACUUCACACAGCAUAAAGUAACUUGAAUAAACCUUCACUAUAGUAAUUUUUCAUUAUCUUUUUUGGGAACUAUUAUAGCAAGAACUGUCAGCUCUUUAUCUAAAUGGGGUUGGAUGACUAAAUGCUUAGUGUUUGGGCUGUAUCAUCAACUGGCGUGGUUUCGAUUCCCCGGUUGUUAAGUGACAAGGAGAAGGGUUGUGGGUUUUCUCCGGUUUCCUCCCACUGCAAGCGAAUUAUUGAAAUAAAAUUGGACCAUAUGUUAGUUCCGAAAUGACCUAGUUUGUUUCGAGUGAAUAUUAAACCCCAUUUCUUUUUCUCUCUAGUCUUAUUUAUCAAUAUUGCUUUAUAGAGACUUAGAGAAGCCAAGUCGAAACAUCACUCAGUAAGUAAAUGAAAUGAAAUGGAGUUGAACGUCCUACUCCAACUGGCCUAAUGAAGACACCAUACCAUACAGUGUGCUAUGAGGGAAACUUUGCCCAGUCCAACCUCGAGGGUUUUCUCCGGGUCCUCUGGUUUCCAUCUCACUGCUAAUGACCCCUACGCACAAGCGAAUUAUUGAAAUGAAAGUAAAACCAUAUGUUAGUCCCAAAAUGACCUAGUUUGUGUCAGCUGGACGUUAAACCCCAUUUCUCUCUCUCUUAUCUAAAUCUUACAUAAUGCAUCUUUAAUACGAACAUGUGCUAUAGCAAGAACGACCAGCUCUUUAUCUAAAUCUUACAUAAUGAAUCUUUAAUACGAACAUGUGCUAUAAUUGCUACCGGUAGUUUUAUAAUGUAUAUACAUAUGUACAUCGAGAAAAUAUCAAACGAGAUUCUUCUUGCCUGUUAAAAUAAAAGAAACACAAAUAUUUAAUACAUUUUGUAUGAUGUAAAGCUUCUGCUCAAAACUAAUUUCAUUUUUUUUACGAUAUUUUUUUUUAAAAAGGAACAAGCCUGUCUGAUUUUAGUUUAAAAUAAAGUAUUUAAUUUGA